AUGUCAGGAGACUCAGUGGUCGUUGGCUCCUUUGUGGCCGCAGACUAUUUGGUGUUUGCUCUCAUGCUCCUUGUGUCUGCGGCCGUCGGGGUCUACUAUGCCUGGACGGACAGGGGCCAGCAGAGCUCCGGGGAUUUCCUAAUGGGUGGCCGGAGUCUGACGGCCCUGCCCGUCUCCCUGUCCCUCACCGCCAGCUUCAUGUCAGCCAUCACUGUGCUGUCCAACCCUGCCGAGGUGUACCGCUACGGAGCCAAUAUUGGAUUUUAUGCUCUCUCCUAUAUAUUUACAAUGGUGGUCACAUCCGAGGUCUUCCUCCCAGUCUUUUACAGGCUGGCCAUCACCAGUACAUAUGAAUAUCUGGAGCUGCGUUUCAACAGAGCAACCCGUCUGCUGGGAACUUUCCUCUUCAUCAUUCAGACCAUCCUCUACACUGGAAUCGUCAUCUAUGCCCCAGCUCUUGCUUUAAACCAAGUGACUGGGAUAGAUCUGUGGGGUGCUGUUGUUUCCACAGGUGUGGUCUGUACCUUUUACUGCACAAUGGGCGGUAUGAAGGCGGUGGUUUGGACCGAUGUGUUUCAGCUUGGUGUCAUGGUUGCAGGCUUCCUGUCUGUCAUCAUCCGGUCCGUGGUCGUGCAGGGGGGAGUCCUCCCCAUCAUUUCAGAUUCACAACAAGGAGGGAGACUCAACUUUUGGGACUUUGACACAAGCCCUCUGAGGAGACACACUUUCUGGACCAUAACCUUUGGAGGGGCAUUUGUGUGGAUCAGCAUCUAUGGGAUCAACCAGGCCCAGGUCCAGAGAUACAUCUCCUGCAAGAGCCUCACACAUGCAAGACUAUCUCUGUACAUCAACCUGCUGGGCCUCUGGUCCAUCUUGCUGUGCUCAGUGUUUGCAGGAAUGUGUCUCUUCUCAGUCUAUAAGAACUGUGACCCAUGGACUGCUGGAUUGGUUUCUGCUCCAGAUCAGUUGAUGCCUUAUUUGGUGAUGGACAUCCUGCGAAACUACCCUGGCCUUCCUGGUCUGUUUGUUGCAGCUGUAUAUAGUGGAUCUCUCAGCACAGUGUCUUCCAGCAUCAAUGCACUGGUUGCAGUGACAGUAGAGGACCUGAUCAAACCCUACACUGACAUGUCUGAGAAACAUCUGUCCUGGAUCUCAAAAGGGCUGAGUAUCAUGUUUGGGAUUGUAUGCAUUGGAAUGGCCGGACUGGCUUCAGUCAUGGGAGGGAUCCUGCAGGCAGUCAUCAGUAUAUUUGGCAUCCUUGGGGGUCCUCUGCUUGGCGUGUUUACAUUGGGUAUUCUCUGUCCAUUUGCCAACUCCAAAGGAGCGUUGUCAGGUCUUGUGUCAGGGUUGGUUGUGUCUCUGUGGGUGGGCAUCGGAGCCCAGAUAUACCCCCCGCCCCCUGAGAUGAGCCGACCUCUGUCCCUGACCACUGCGGGCUGUAACUUCAGCACCGCAGGCCGCUUCAACUGGACCUCCACUGCUCCGCCAACACAGUCCUCCAUCACCACAGUCCCGGUAAAUGGCAAGCCUGUGCUGGCAGAUAACUGGUACUCUCUGUCCUACCUUUACUUCAGUCCCAUUGGAACCAUCAUAGCUAUCAGUGUGGGAUUGUUAGUCAGCCUUAUGACAGGAGGCAGGAAGCUGAAAGUGGAAUCCAGGCUUACAUUAAUGAAAGAAGACACAACUGUGUAUCACCUAUUCAAGUUUUUUAAAGACAGAGUUACGAGCCAAUCAGAAAAGAUUGAAAUGACGGGGGACAGAGAUAACAAAAUUGGUAGCAGUAAUCCUGCUUUCUGUGACGUUGAGAUGGACUUAACAAAAAGCAGCAUUCCAACAUAA